GGGGGAAGUUUGGAUCUUUCCUUCAUAGAGUGGUUUGGUAACUUUGGUUUUGCCAAAUGUGAAUCAGGGUGGGGAUCGGUUGUAGAAAAGCUUGAACAGAUUGAAACCUUACUGGUUGAUGUUAUUUGGAGCUUAUACUCUUUUUCAUAAUAGUUUGAGACUUAAAUCAAAGCUUGGAAUUUUACUUUGGUAAUUGAUCUAUGAGAUGAAGAGAAAAACGCCGGAAAGGAUUUUUUGCUUGCUUCUGGUGUUGGAGCUCUGGUGUCUGUGUGGUUGUUUGUUUUCCUGGAGAUGCUUGUGUUCAAAACUGAAUCUUGUGAGUUUAAGACUAGGAGAUGACUGGUGGAAACUGGACUUGAUGGAAAUAGUAUUUGAAUUGAAGCAUUUUUGGGUCUGCUUUUUCUUUUGUAGUAUUCUCGAACUUCUUGAUUUCGGUGUUUGUGUUAUAACUUAAGCUUACGGAUCUUGUGCUACAAUCCUACAACUUGAUCAAAACACUUGAAAUGUGAAGAGAAUGUUGACUUUGAUAUUAUGAAUUAGAGGGCUAAUAUGAUCAUUAUGGUUUCAACUAUAAGGCAGUCAAUUUGCGUUUAGUUAUUGUUUUCUUCUGUGUCAUAAACACAUUUCAGCUGGGGAGUAUGAAAAAGACUCCUUUGAUUUUAAAGUGAACUAAUAGAAUUCCUUCAUGUGGUUGGCUGUUGGUUGUUCUUUUCACAUGUUACCUUUCUGAAAUGGAUCUCAUUGCACACUUGAAACAUCAGUACUGGCUUCCUAAUUCAUUUCGGAUGCCACAGAUACCAAAAGGAUAAAAAAUGGGUGCGUCGCUUGCCACGCUUUUCGAUGGAUUAUCAACCAAGACAGAGGUCAACAUACUGAUGGUGGGUCUUGAUUGUGCCGGUAAAACAACAAUCUUGUACAGGCUGAAGGGGAGAGAAGUUGUUAUAGACAUGCCCACUGUCGGUUUUAAUCUGGAGACUUUGGAAUACAAGAAUAUCAGCUUUCAAGUCCAGGACAUGGCUGGUCAGAACAUGAGACCACCAUAUCUCAAGUGCUACUAUCAAAAUAUUCGAGGAAUGAUUUAUGUUGUUGACAGCAAUGACCGGGAUCGCAUUUUUGAUGCUAGGGAUAACCUAAAAGUGCAGUUAGAAGAGGAGUUACUGAGGGAUGCAGUUCUACUUGUUCUAGCGAACAAGCAAGAUCUCCCCAAUGCAAUGAAUGCCGAGGAGAUCAUCCUCAAACUUGGUCUUCACUCUCUUCAUCCUCGCCUCUGGCAUGUUCAGAACGCAUGUGGUAUCAAUGGGGUAGGACUUCAUGAAGGGUUGGAGUGGCUUGCUAAUAAUGUAUCCUACAAGGCCUAAAUGAUUCAGUAUCAAUGAUUUUAUGCAUCUUCUCUCCAGGCAAUUGGGCGCACAGAUAUUUGUUGUUAUCCAUUACUACUAAGUAGUCCCAGAAAGCGGAAAAGCAUAUGGCCCUGCAAAUUUGGGGGUUUUAUUGUACAAAGGUUCUGCACUGCCCUUCAUGUUUUUAGGAAUGUUGGUUCAAAUCUUCUUCCCGAUAUUCAAAUAGCCCAAAUACAAAUGUGGUUUUUUUUUUUUGGUUACACUUAAAGUUGGUGUUGCGCUAUCAAAAUUCGAACUUCUAACCUUUAUGGCAUAUAUAUAUAUAUAGCAAGCGUUGCUGUUAACACUUA